AUGCCUUCAACAAAUCGAGAAAACAGGUAUAAAUUGGAGUUUAUCGAUAAUGAAAACCUUGAUAUCGCCGAUAUAGAACCCUUGAAUUCAGAGUAUCGAAGCGACAAAAAUAGCGCUUUAAAUAAUGAGGAGACAAAAUAUGACUCUGACCAAGAACCGGUAGUGUCAGAAUUAGAGGCUGACAUCCUUACUGCCACGAAAAUCCACGACAAGUUAGCUCAGCUAUGGUUACCUAUACUUCGAAAGGGUAUACAUAAAGAGGCGAAAGAGAAACUACUUAAAGAAUAUCUCAUACCGGAAAACUGCUCGUUAUUACAAGCACCAAAACUAAACCCUGAGAUUUCGGCCGCUGUAUCUGAGGGCACCAGGACUCGAGACAAGAGAGUCGAGGCCGUACAGCAACAAUUAGGAGAGGGGAUAUCAGCUCUUAACAAAGGGCUCGAACUCCUCUUAGAUGAUUGCAAAGACAGACUUCAAGCCGUUAAGUUUCUCAGUGACAGCUGUAGAAUACUAUGUGACCUACAUUUUGUAGAAACGGAAGCAAGUAAGAAAUUUGUGACCCCAGGAUUGGAUAAAUCCUAUAUUAAUAUUAUGCAGGAAGUGGAUCGCGAUGAAGUGGAUUUGGAAAUAAGCUUACAGAAAAAAUAA